GAAUAGCACUCCAAAAUUAACCACAAUCUCAAUCCCUAAAAAAUAAAUCGAUAUUCGAUAAUAACAUAUAAUGAUAAAUUCGGUACGGUGUUCGGUAUAAUUCCUCUUUCGACUCUGGUGUUCGGUAUAAUCCCAAAUACCAGACCAAAGUUCCCGUCCUAGAGUCCAGACGUGCGUGCGACAUUUUUUUUUUUUGCUUUGCGACACAUGCAAAGGAAUGGCAAUGGGGCAGGUCUGGGGCGGGUAUCUCGAUACCCAUAUCCGUCCCAUGGCAGGUCGGGUUCGGGUUGAGUAAUUUAUUAUGGGGCGCGGGUCUGGGCAGGUCGACCCAAUGGGUAUAUAAUUUAUGCGAAAUCAUUAGAAUUAUUCGUUGUUUUAAUUAAAAAACCAAGAAAGAAACCAUAAUUUGAUAAAAUGUAGUUAAAUUAUUGGAGAAAUUGAGUUUUUCACUUAUUUACAAUUUUAUUAUACCUAAAAUAUAGUGUAAUAAGAGGAAAAUCCUAAGUAAUUUGACUUAUAUUACAUGUAAUUUAGCCAAGAACGGGUAAAACAUGGGACGAGUCAGAACAGGUCGGGUCGAUGAGAGGUACCUAUUCCCGCCCCGCCCCAAAACAGGCCAAACAGUCGGGUAAAUCGGGUCAGGUCAAAAUUGUCACCCUACAGGCUACAUGGAAAUGGAAACUGAUGCGGCGUCGUUUCGUUCAACUGACAGAGCCACCGAGCCAGUCCAAUCCAACGUUGCAGGAGUAUGAUUUCCCACUGAAGCUGCUGGAGUCGAGAAAGAGAGAUCUCUCGCUUAAACCCUAACUCAAAACUCGCCUGAAUCUGGGAAUUUUCGCCUUCAGCUAUGGCAGAAACGGGGUCGGGAUCGGCUGCUAAUGGAACCCAGAAGUCUUUGAAAGAUCAGGGCAACGAAUUCUUCAAAGCCGGCAACUUUCUCAAAGCUGCUGCUCUCUACACCCAGGCUAUCAAGCUCGACCCUUCCAACCCGACUCUCUACAGUAACCGCGCUGCUGCAUUUCUACAACUGGUUAAGCUAAGUAAAGCACUUGCUGAUGCCGAGACAACCAUCAAACUCAACCCACAGUGGGAAAAGGGAUAUUUCAGGAAAGGAUGUGUAUUGGAGGCCAUGGAACGUUACGAUGAUGCCCUGGCUUCCUUUCAAGAAGCUUUACAGUACAAUCCGCAAAGUGCAGAAGUAUCUAGAAAGAUUAAGAGGAUAACUUUAUUAGCAAAAGACAAAAAACGAGCUCAAGAGGUGGAGAGCAUGAGAUCAAACAUUGAUAUGGCAAAGCACUUGCAUCCAGUGAAAGCUGAAAUGUCCGGGAAGCUUGGUUCUGAAGAGUUAGAGAAUGAAAUGUUCUUGUUCCUUGUUGAAACAAUGGAAACAGCUGUUAAGUCAUGGCAUGAAACUUCUAAAGUGGAUCCAAGAGUCUUCUUCCUUCUGGAUAAGGAAAAGACCGAAACUGAUAAAUAUGCUCCGAUGGUCAAUAUAGACAAGGCCUUUGAAUCACCUCAUACACACAGCAAUUGCUUCUCCUUCUUGAGGCAGUAUGCUGAAGAAUCAUUCUCUAAAGCAGCUUGCUUAGUUGUGGCAAAGAAUAUCAUAGCUUACCCACAGGUUUGGAAAGGUCAAGGAUCAAGGAAGUGGAAACACGGCCAACAUGAUGGAUUUUUCGUUCAAUUUGAGACACCGUCCCUGCGGAAACUGUGGUUUAUUCCUAGUACAACCGAAAGGGGGCAAACACUCUGCGGGGAACCAGAAAGCCUAGAUGUCGCUACACAUGAAGUCAUCCCUCGAAUUUUCAAAGAGAAGCUGCCUGCUUCAUAGUUGAUUGUCACCUUCUUUCUUGGCACCUUUUGAUGAGAGAUUUCUAUAAGCACAAUGGCACGUCGCCAAGGAAUGCUUGCAAGAGGUUCUCAAGUUUUCCCCAUGAUUGGCAAUGAAAAAGUUUCAGGUUAGCAGCCCACUGCAAGAAAGAAACAUGCUUUUGGGCGAAGCCAACUCAUCUUUCAUGCUUAUGUCCUGUGUUAAAGCUCUGCCUGAUCUUCUCACAAGUGUUCAGCGUCAUUUAGUCUUUCGUUAUACCUCUGUACUGUGUUGGUUGCUCUUUCUGCAGUGUAGUGAUGAUUUCUGUCUCCCAAAAAUUUUGAGUGGGGUUGUGCAAUAGAAAUUUCAAACUCCAUUUUGUAUUUUUCAUUGGAUUUCAGAGGGAAGGUAACAGGUAUGGUGCACAAUCUUUGAAAGUGUGGUUGCUCGCUUUACGACAUACUGACUAGACCACUGCAAGCAGACCAAAUUGAUGCCGAUAUCAGGCUAGUUGUUCAAUUCUGGAUCCUAACAGUACUCCACCCUGAGCUCAUUUGAAAAGAUGUUAGUUAGGAUAAUGAACUGAUACUGAGAAUUUGUGCUCACUGCUCCUGCCUCGAAGUUCUCAUUGUCAACACUCGACUAAACAUGAACAACAUAAAUUGAAGAAGUGGAA